AUGCCCUUAGAUACCGGAAUAACUGGGGUAACGAAGCAAUAUUUGAAAGAAGCUGUUUCCGUUUGUAAAACCGAACAAGAAAAAGUUGGAAUUUUAAUGUGGGAUGAAGUCCAUCUUAGUCUGGGUUUGCAGUACGAUGACAGCACGGACAAAAUUGUGGGUUUCGAGGAUUGGGGAACCGUUAGGACCGAAGAGUACGCGAAUCAGGCUUUAGUUUUUAUGUUACGAUUAAUUGAAACGGGUGAUAAAAUACCAAUUUCUUUUAAUUUUUGUAACACAACAAAAACUGCGCAAUUGAUAAGGUGCAUAAAAGAUGCACUAACGGCGAUUAAAGAAGCGGGAUUUACUGUAGCAGCAACGGUAUGCGAUCAGAGUAGCGCGAAUCAAGCGGCAGUUAAAACAUUGGAUAUGGAAAUUGUUCCUCUUUUUGAUAUACCUCAUGUCUUCAAAUGCAUCCGGAACAACCUUUUGGACAAGGAUUUACAAUUCGGCAAGGAUCAAUACGCAACCUGGGAUCACGUCAUAACAGCUUUCCUGAUUGACACCUUCUCAGGAAAUAAUACUCGUUCGCUUCCCAAAUUAACUGAGAAGCAUGUGUAUCCGGAAAGAAUCGAUAAAAUGAAUGUGAAAGUCUGUUCAAAUGUCUUUAGCGGUACAUUAGCGAAUAAAAUCAACGAUUUGGCUGGAGGACCAGUAAAAUCCACCGACGAAGGACCAAAAGGAAUCCCUGCUGAUGGGGUAAAUACUGCGUUUGUUUUGGCCUUUUUUAAUAAACUGUUUGAUGCUUUGAAUGGAAAAACAAUUACAGAUCGUAGUAGUAAUUUUCGCACAAUUUUAACAGAUGACAGUUUUCAUUUAAAAUUUUUUGACGAAGCAAUUGCCAUUUUAUCCAGAAUGACAUUUGUGAGUAAAUCCUCUAGAAAAAUAAUUGAUCAACCGCCGUCCUUAAAUAAUCUUAUUAAAACUAUUCAAGGCAUCAAAGUAUUGUGGAAAAAUUUAAAACAGUUGGGUUUUACCUCUUUAAAAACAAGGCAUCUAAAUCAAGAUCCCUUAGAAAAUUUUUUUUCACAAGUUCGUGGUUUAAGUGCUAAUCGAAAACCGAACUGUUUUCAAUUUGUAGGCAUAUUCAAAACGUUAUUGUUCAAUACAUUUAGUAAUUAUAAAUCAACGCAAUCAAAUUGUGAAAACGACGAAAGCUUUCUGCUUACGUCGUUAGAAAAAAUUCAAAAUAAUAAUUUCAACACAAUUCGAGAAAAUGUAUUUGUGCAAAAAAUCGUUAGGAAUAGAGUGUCUAAUGAGGAUGCUAUUCCAGAAAAAGGACAUAUUUCUAACAAUGCAGCGACUCUCAUAAAAAUUUUUAAGAAAAAAAAUCCAUUUUUCCUUACUUGUAAAAAUUGUGCUACAAUUAUUAAUAACUCAGUGAUGUCUUCAACUUUUAAAUAUUUAUUCAAUGACACUAAAAGUAUUUUGCGGAAUAUAAUUACUAAUAUUUAUGCUACAACUGGGGUUUCUCGGUCUUCAUCGAAAAUUUUAAAAAAAUAA